UGAGAAUGUCGCUUUCCGGGGAGCGGUUUUGCUGUCCCCGACUCCCACCUUUUCGCCUUGGCGAGGGUUUGCGCUCAGCCGAGUUGUGUUCGGUGGAGCGCUGGAGGAAACUGAUACUUUCCGACGACUAGAGGGGAAUGAACGCCUCGAGCCAAAUGCAGAAAAGUGUCGUUCUCGCUCGAGACAAUCGUUAUCACCUCUGCCCCAGUGUCUGUGCCUGGCGUCCUCGGGUUGUUCCCUCUUCUCUACACGUGCGAUUUGCGUUGACAAGGCGGGAGCGUUAGUGCGUGUGUGUGGGGGGCGAGGGGGGUUAUAUCUGUGUGUUUGACCGGCAGACGGUUGCAGUUUAUGUGAUGGGCUGUAUUUGCCGGGGUAACCCACCGGGGAAAGGGAGUUUGCUUGUUUUGCAGCUGUUGUGGUGCUGAGCAGAUCUGCCAGGCGCAAAGUACCCGCGGAGAGAGCCUGCUCUUGCGCUGGCACACGGGUUCUUCUCUUGCUUGAAAGUGUCCUCUCUGCAAUGGGCAGACAGCAGGGCAGCAGAGGAAAGGCAAGGGGCUGUGGAGAGAGGAAGGGACGCAGGAGCAGGCGAGUUAAAUUCUCAGCCACAGGAGAAGGUGCGGGGGAAGGAAGGGGCAAGUGUUGGACUCCAAUAUUUAAAAUCCCCGCGGGGCAGCAGAGAAAGAAGGGAAGGAAACAGACCCGGAAAGAGAGAUGCAAAUAGGCGUGUUGCGGGCUGCUUUUCUUUUUUUCAACGACCCUACGAGUGGGGCAGCCCAGCUGCGUCCUGUGCCUUUAAGGGCUCCUCCUCUGAGCAGUGCCACCAGGGUGUGUGUAGGGGGGAGCCCAUCCCCUGCUGCAGCCUUUUCAGUGCUCCCGGAGAGAUGACACAGGCUCAAGAAGCUGCUCACACACCCUGUAUGGAGCCGAAACUCCGAGCGCUGCGGGGAUUUUGCCCUUAAAAGCUGGCGCCCCGCGGAGCAAGAGCGGGCGGAGACAGGGGCGCACGGAGAGGCGCGCACGGAGCUCUCCAGCGGAGAUGGCUCCUUGGCCCGAGAGCAACGCCACCUCCUGGGGGGACGCAACCACCAACUGCACGGGGGCAGGCAGCCUGAGCCAGCAGUGGGCCAUCGGGGCCGCCCUGAGCCUCACGGUGCUGGUGAUCGCGGCCGGCAACCUGCUGGUGAUCCUGGCCAUCGCCAAGACGCCGCGCCUGCAGACCAUGACCAACGUGUUCGUCACCUCGCUGGCCUGCGCCGACCUGAUCAUGGGCUUGCUGGUGGUGCCGCCGGGGGCCACCAUCGUGCUGAGCGGCCACUGGCCCUACGGCACCACGGUGUGCGAGCUGUGGACCUCGCUGGACGUGCUGUGCGUCACGGCCAGCAUCGAGACCCUGUGCGCCAUCGCCGUGGACCGGUACCUGGCCAUCACCUCGCCGCUGCAGUACGAGGCGCUGGUGACCAAGGGCCGGGCGCGGGCUGUGGUGUGCCUGGUCUGGGCCAUCUCCGCCUUCGUCUCCUUUCUGCCCAUCAUGAACCACUGGUGGCGCGACGGGGCGGACGAGGAAGCGCUGCGCUGCUACCAGAACCCGCGCUGCUGCGACUUCGUCACCAACAUGCCCUACGCCAUCCUCUCCUCCAUCAUCUCCUUCUACGUGCCGCUGCUGGUCAUGCUUUUCGUCUACGCGCGGGUCUUCGCCGUGGCCAGCCGGCAGAUCAGCCUUAUCGAGCGGGACAAGGUCCGCUUCCUCCAGGAGCCCCCCAGCCCCGGCGCCAAGGGCCCCCGCCGGAGGAGACCCUCCCGCCUCAUGGCCAUGAGGGAGCACAAGGCGCUCAAGACCCUGGGCAUCAUCAUGGGCACCUUCACCCUCUGCUGGCUGCCCUUCUUCGUGGCCAACAUCGUCAAGGUCUUCUACAGGUCCCUCAUUCCCGGCCAGGUCUUCCUCUUCCUCAACUGGCUGGGCUACGUCAACUCCGCCUUCAACCCCAUCAUCUACUGCCGAAGCCCCGACUUCAGGAGCGCCUUCAAGAAGCUGCUCUGCUGCCCGCGGAGCGCGGACCGCCGGCUGCACGCCGUCUCCAGGGACCUCAGCCGGUGCCCCUGCGCCUUCGCUUCCCAGGAGGCCUCCCCUGCGGACAGCAAGCCGGUGGAGCAGGGGCAGCAGCCCGGGCAGGCGGAGGAGGAGGAUGGGGGAACCAGCAGCAGCAGCAGCCGCUCCAGUAGCAGGACUGAGGAGAACAACCUCUCCUACCGCCAAAGCAAUGGGCAUGGCAAUGCCCAGCGCCCUCUUAGGGAGGCCCAGCUGCAGGGCACUCAGAUCACGCUGUGUCUGCAGCUGGAAGAAUUUACCUGCAAUGAAGCAAAAGCAGGUCCUUGAGUGUGCUUGAAAGGGAAGGAAAAAGAGAAGAGUGAAUGUGUCAAAGCCCUCUACUGGGCUGUUGAUCUUGGCUUGUGUUCCAGCUACUAUCCACCUGAAAAAAGGAAUUAGACAUGUAGAUCCACAGUCUUUUUACUUUUGAUUUUGACUCAGGUAUUUUGAACGCACAUACUUUAAUUUCCUGCCUGUUUCUCCAGGCUUGGACAUAGUGUAGAGGAAACUGUGCCUUAAAGAAAAAUGUUACAUAGGAGAGGCAUCUCUUAAAACAAUUUUUCCUGUAUGCAUGGCAAAAGUGUAGGAAAGAGCUGUCAUUAGUUGUUCUCAGCAAAAGCCCUUGACAAGUGUUGGAAUUAUACCAGGGUCCCAGUGGGCUAAGCCUAGAUAGUUUACUAUGACCUCAAUAUCUCUAGUGAUGGCUAGCUAGAGUCAAGUCUAGAAACAGCCCCAGUGCCUCUUGUGAUGUGAAGUUGGACUCAAUAUAAGAGACCUCCCUCUCCAGGACUAGGCAGCUGAAUUCCAGUACUGCUCAGGACACUAAUUAGAUGAAGAACUGACCAACCUAAAUGUGAACAGUGUGUGUAAUCUUCAAAGAUGCUCCAAGGGAAGAAGGUAUGAAGAUGUUUCCUGUAUAGAUUGCAAGAGAAAUUACUACCUCAGAAGCAGUACUUCAGAAUGCAGCUGGAGUUUGACUUUGGUAGCCAGACAUGGAUUCACAUCGGAUGUGGCACUGAAAGUGCUAGGGUUUUGAUACACUGGGCCUGAUCCUCCCCUGUGCUUUGUGCUGUCAUUUACAGCUAUGCGCAGUGGAUGUAAAAUGCUACCAAAGAAGAAUACACCGGUGUAAAUGACUACACAAGGUGUAAGCCUGGGCAGAAUUGGGCCCAGGAUGCUGAGGUAAUGGACUGUGUGAACAUUUAUUGCCUUGAAGCAUUAACUUGGUGCAUCAGAUGUGAGUGACCUGUUGACAGAACUUUUAUUUUCCUUUUCUGAUCCAAAUGUUGCUGAAGAUGCGUGCACAGAACAUGGCUGAACCCACUCACUGCAGGGGCCCAGGCAGAAGGGAAGAAAGGCCUCUCACAAACAAGAGACCUUUCCACAAUCUUCUGUCCAAUUUCAAUCUCCAAAUCGCUGCUAGUUUGGGCAGAGUCAGAGCUGGGCCUGGGGAAAAACAUAGGGUGUGUCUACACUGCAAUUACAAACCCGCCGCUGGCCCAGGCCAGCUGACCCGACUCAUGGGGUUUGGGCUUAGGUCUGUUUAAUUGUCGAGUAGAAGUGCAGGUGCAGACUGGAGCCCAGGCUCCAGGACCCUGCAAGGUGGAAGGGUCCCUGAGCUAAGGCUGCAGCCAGAGCCUGAACAUCUACACCACAAUUAAACCAGCCCCUUAACCCGAGUCAGCCAGCAUGGGCCAGCCGGGAGUUUUUAACUGCAGUGUAGACAGACCUUUAAAGGCCUGAAUGCUACAGCGUGAGCCUGCAGUAAUACAUUUAGCAAAUAGUAAUGCAAAGAAGAGAAAACUAGAGGAGGGGACUUGGAAAGUCAUUAAAUAUUUACCCCCAGCUCCUCAAAGGUACUUAGGCACCUAACUCCCAUUAAUUUCAAUGGGAGUUGGGCACCUAAAUAUAGGAUCUGUUCCUUAGCAUCAGGAGAAAAUAAGUUCCGAAUGGGUGGGGAUCCUCUGAGCACAGGAAGGAUGUGGACAAAAAUGCUAAUUCAAAUAUUUUAAACAAUAUUCUUAUGUCACAAAGGAAACUGAUUAGUAAAUUGGAUCGGCUGUAGAUGGUUAAAAAACAUCAACACUUUGCUACAACCAGUGCUGGAGGGGAGAACAGUGUGGUGUUAGUGUCAGGUUCGAAAUGCCUGAACUUCCUAGAAUGUCAUGUGUGACUCUUGCAAGGGAGCUCUAGCCCUGUGCCUGCUAAAGGGGUUACAUAGAAAUUCCAUGGAGGUCUUUUUAGAUGAACCCUUACAAGACAAGAUUCUCUUUGCUCUGCCUGGGCAUAAAACUUCCUUUGGCACUUUUUGUGAGAGUCAGAGGUUGGCCAAACUCCUCCACCUCCUCCAUCUGUGCAUGUGAUAUGUACCUGUUAGCUAUAGCCCUCCCCUCCAGAGGCAGCUGCACUUUAGCUGUGCUGUGUGUAUAUGGUUAGCAAAACGUUUUAGGAUUUUCCAAGACGAAAGGUAUUACUCUUGCUAGUACACACUGAGCAAGGGAGAUAUUAACUUGGACAGGAAACAACAGUCCAGCUAAUCUCCGGGCCCCUGAAACAACCCAACAAUAAAGUGGUAACUACAUUAUGUUCUGUGCACCUGGGGCUGGACCCUGCCAGGCAUAGAGCACCUGGGAGAGAGCACCUUGUAGGACUGGGCCAAUAGGGCUCCUCAUAUUGCUCUUGGUUUCUGAGAUGGGUCCUGCAAUCUCUAAGGCUCAGAUCCCCAAAGGGAUAUAGUCACCUAACUUCUACUGAAACCAGUGGGAGUUAGGAGCCUAAAUACCUUUGUGGAGCUGGGCCUAAGGGCCUUUCUUUAGAGGCUCUGUAUGCCCACAACUCCCAGCCAGUUGAGUGGGAGCUGCAGAUACUCAGCACUUCUGAAAAUCAGGGCACCAGGGCCUGUUCCAGCUCCCAUGGAGGCCACAGUGCAGGCCCUAAGGCAGAGAACCUGAAUCCUAGCUCUGUCUUCAGGCCCAAGCCCCAAAUGGUGAUUGCAGGUCUCCGUGAAUAGCCGUACAGAUACUAACCAUACACCUGAAUGUGAAUCCAGUAGAACCUCAGAGUUACAAACUGACUGACCAACCACACACCUCAUUUGGAAC